AUGUUACCUGAGGUGAACGGGAUCGCUUCGGGUCUCACCGAUUGCAUUCUUCGCCAGGCAGACGUAAGUGCCGUUAUCCUCGGGAUAGCAGUAGGCGAUCUCCAUUAUGACAAGGCCUCUGUCGACGAAGGUAUUGAAUCUGCUUCCUGUGGGCGGGCGGGUGGGAAAAAUAGCAUUGACAGUGAAAUUGUGCCCUGCUGCGAAGUCAGCACAUGGGGACAUCAACAGCCCACUUUGUGA